AUGCAGCCGUCUCUUGCGACUUCGACGCCCUUGCUGGAACGCUAUCGAAGGGGCAACAGUGCCGAUGGAUUGCUCGGUGAAGGUAGCUCUUGCGUCGUUUACAAGGCGCUGGCCUACGAUGGCUCCUCUGUUGCUGUAAAGGCCUUCCGGGUCAAAUCAUCAACGAGCCAGAGCCAGGAACAGCAAGAACGCUACCAGAAGGAAGUGGCCAUGUUCAAAGUCUUAGGCCUGGGGCCUGGUGGGCCUGAUGGGCCUGGUGGGCCUGGUCAUGUGGAGAAUCCGCGGCGGCUGUUUGUGAAUCUCCUAGACUACUCCAGAAAUCAAGCUGAGACUCCGGGUCCGGAAAAGGACGGCAGAUUCUACAUGAUCUUGGAGCUCGGACAUGAAAGUCUUGACACGUGGUUGCGAACGACUGGCUUUAUCCGGAUGGCAAAUUUCAUCGAAAUUGCCAGGUCCCUUCUCGCAGCCUUGGAGUUCUUGCAUGGCCUCGGCUUCGUGCACUUGGAUGUUAAGCCUGACAACAUCAUGCGCUUUGGGUCGCUCUGGAAGCUGAUCGACUUGGGAAGUUGCCUUUCUGUGGGCGACGUGGUGCCACUGGACGGCUUCACGCCUUUGUACUGCAGCCCAGAAUUGGCUGAAGCCGCCUUGGAAGAGAGCGAAGCGAAUCUGGGUCCGCUCCGUUGGCCGCUCCGGGCUCGCCCGGCCAUGGAUCUCUGGGCGGCUGGAGUCGUGCUCCUCGACGUUUUGGUCCAGGGCUGUUGCUUUGCAGAGACAAAGGCCUCCUUGGACCUUGUGGACCUGUUCGCCGAUGCCACUCCCUUCGAAGGCUGGUAUCGAUGGCUGGCAUCUACAGAGCCGAUAGACUUGCGGUGCUUAGUAGCGGAAACACCUGGUGCUGCGCUGCUCAAUGGAGAACUCUGCAACCUCUUGGACGGUCUUCUCCAGAAGGAGCUGGACAGAAGGCCAUCGGCGGCCAGCGUGCGGAGGCACCCGCUGCUCGGAUAA